UAAAGCCCGGCGCGGCGCACGUAAACCGUAAACACUGAAACUUGUUUCAUUUUUCCGUCUAAAUUGAAUCGAGGAGGACGCCAAACGCAUUAGCACUGAGUCAUUCAUCCGAAAAGUUUGACGAGUGUGGGGUUUUUACGAUACCUUACCUACCUUACCUUACCAUUUUUUUUUCGGACGGACCGGGUCGUUUGUGUUGUUUCUGUGUGAAUUUUCAUCUCUCCACCUCCGAUCGGUUCGGCUAGUGCCUCAGAACUCGGGUAGGUGUGGGUAAAUUGCGUGUGACAAACAAAUAACAAAAAACAAGAUAUGCUAAAUGUGCACACCGGGAGCGCGUUCCAUCAAACGCUAGUGCCUUCGCGGGUUCAGUUUGUGAAGAGCCAUCCUCGAAGUGAGUUGAAUCGGUUUGAUUUGUGACGUGAGGAUUUCUAGUUUAAGUGUUGUGUGUGGUGCAUUGAUGGGUUAGCAAUGAGAAAAUCAGCUGCACUGGUGGUGUUAGCCGUGGUAGUUGCGGUUUGCGUGCGUGAAGGUGGCGCUAACUUCGUGGCCUACGAUGAGGACUUAACCACAAUGGGCGAUCCCGAUGAGGAGUAUCUACAGGACGAGGAUCAACGCAAGGCCGAUUAUCACGACGCCAUGAAUAAGCUAAUAGCGUCCGCACUAAAUCAAACCGAGGAUGUCGGCGAAGAGAAGAAACCCGUUGCCGAGCCGGCCAAGGCCGCUGGCGCAGACGCUGGGGAUGAUGGAUUAAAGUGCGCCGUCAAUCGGCAGCGCAUCCCAAUAACCCCGAGCCCCCUGCUAACCGUCAACAAAUGCUGUCCACCGGAGGAAUCGUUCCGGCACGAAAGUAUCGCUCGCUGCAGUGUCACCCAGCGAAGGUCACGCUUGUCGAUCAUCAGCCGAGAGGUCGAUAUGUACCAUCGGACCUGCUACAGUUUUGGGCGCUAUCUAAAGCACAACAUUUCCGUCAACGGCAAAUGCAUAGGAAAGCAUUUAGUGUUCAGCGAUGACGGCGCCCUGUUCACGAUCAUUCAGAACGGUUCGUUGAUGGUAACCCGGGCAGAAGAGAUGGUGAUUUACCGGGAUUUUUGUGUGGAGGAAACGGGCAGCUCGGUGCUGGCUGCAUAUGUCUGUGACGAACAGGUUUUCCCGGAUCCGUUCGACGUUGCGGAUAAAGUGAUCAUCAGUUCGGCACUGCUGACGCUGUUCGUGACGGUUCUGAUCUAUGCCUUCGAGAGGAACUUUCACACGACAUUCGGAAAGUUAAUUAUGAUACACGUUGGGUUUCUGUUCGUGGCAUUAUUGCUGGAGGCGGCACUGGCAGAGUUUGAAGAAUCAAUUUACUCUACUAUCGUGUUUAUUUUGAUUGAAGCUUCCUAUGUUAGUUUUGUCACUGCAAAUCUUCAUCUUAUGAUUUCGAAUCAGGGAGAUUAUCAGAAAUUGGAUGUUCGAAAUGUGGCUUAUCUGGCAUUUGGUUGCUGUAUUCUUUGGGUUAUUUCCGCUUUAUUAACGCUGUACUGUAAUGAGAUUAUAGUCGUUCUAUGUGCAGUAUUUAGUAGCCUCGUAUUUAGUAUACUAGUCAAUGUAUUCGUACUUAGGGGAAUUGUUAGCCGACGACAUCUGCUGCUGACAUCGAUGGACAGCUGCUAUGAAAUUUCCGAUAGCAUGGAAUUUUCCAGCUAUGUGCAGUAUAGAAAAGAAGUAACAAUACUGUCCACCAUUGCCGCCAUUCUGCAGCUGCUCCACUGGAUCGUAUACGCGGCCGGUCGGUACAGCUUGCUGUACGGUCUCAGCUGGUGUGGACUAACCAUGUUCGCCGUGUUUGUGUGCUUCCGUUUUCGAUCGAUAACGGUGCUUUCGGGCUCGGUACGCCCGAGAAGUAUCUCGAAAGAACUACGUCAUCGUCAUCGCCAGGAACAGCAAGAGCUGCCACAGCAGCAGCAGCAGCAACAACAACAGUUUGAGGAGGUAACCAGCAACUCAUAUCAGGAGAAUGGGUAUCAUCAAAUGCAGUCCAACUCCUACUCCCACAAUCAUCAUCAUCAGAAGCAGCAGCAGCAGAACCAGUGGGGUGAUAGUAAUCAAAAGCACACGUCACUGGCUCCCGUCGUUGAGGAAGAUGGACCUCUCGAUGCUGCCGAUUUGGGCCUUCCGUAUGGGGAAGGGUUAAGUGGGAUGGAAAGGCGGGCGUAAUGUACCGUCGAUUUUGUGAUUAAUCGUGAAUCACGUCCGGGUGUGAUAUGCUUUUUUGAGCUUACAAAUACAGUUAAGUCUAUGUGUUUAGUCGGAAA